UUUUCCAGUCGACUGUUCUCGCUUUCUUUUACGACAAAGAGAGCUAAAUCUUUCUCUCUCUCUCUCUCUCCCUCCCUCUCUCUCUCUCCCCACCUGAAUUCUCAGUUCAUCUUCCUGUUUACUGUUUCUGCGAUUCGCGUUGCUUAACUCCUUCACAGAGUCGCCGGAGGUUUUCGCGUCGGACGAUUCAGACAUGACGGGUUUCUUCAGAAAGAAGAACAAAGAAAGGAAAGGUUUUUUCCUCGAGAACGGGAGAUUGCUGUUGGAGGAGCUGAUUUCGUCUUCCGACGGGAAAAACAAUCCCGUCCGUACAUUUACCGCGGAUCAAAUCAUCAAAGCUACGAACAACUUCGACCGGAGUCUUGUUGUUUCAGUAGAGAGAAUCGUCUGGUACAAGGGUAUGAUCGACGGCCCUCAGGAGAUGUGUUACAAGGACUACGAUCCCGACAACAUCCAUCGUGACAUUGCUGUCUCGUCUCUGAUGGGCAGCCAUAAGAACGUUCUUAAGCUGUUGGGUUGCUGCCUUGAGCUUCCAAUUCCAGUUCUUGUCUGUGAAUACGCUGAGAAAGGAGCUCUCACAGGGAUAGCUCGUGCAGGAGAUGACCAUGCGCCAUUACCGUGGAGUACAAGACUGAAGAUUGCCAAGGAGAUCGCUAGUGCAGUUGCUUAUCUUCACACGACGUUUUCUCAAACCAUGAAUAGGGACAUAAAAUUUAGAAAUAUUUUCUUGCACGAGAACUGGACGGCCAAGUUGUCAUCUUUCAGCCUCUGCAUAUGGAUCCCCGAGGGAGAAUCAGGAGUUCAUGACAGAGUGUGUGGGACAAGUAGUUAUAUCGAGCUGGAUUAUUGCAGGACCGGCUUUGUAACGGAGAACGUCGAUGUAUAUAGCUUUGGAAUCAUUCUGCUGGUUCUUCUGACAGGAAAAUUUCAAGUGACUUGGGAUGGUCAUCCUGUCCCGUUACCGGAUUAUGUCCGGAAGCUCGUGGAGAAAGGGCAGUUCACCGAAAUGAUCGACCCGAACAUGGUGACCGAUUGGACUCGGGCUCCGGCUUCUGAAAAACAUCAAAAGUUACAGAUGGAAGCAUUUCUUGAACUUGCUCUGAGAUGUAUCAGAUUCAGGCCGGGAGAAGAUGCGCCUAAGAUGAUGGAAGUAGCCAAAGAACUCAAGCAGAUUGAAAGAUGUACCAACUCGUCUUUUGCCCAACUGAGACAAUUCUAUGUCUGAUCGCAUUCUGUCAGUUCUUUUGAUGAUUAUACAAGCUAUAAUCAUGUAUAUCAUGUCUCAAGAACAUGUUGCAAGAUUGCGCAAUGGAAGUAAGACUAAAGAUUACCA